UUUUUCUUUUUUCAUUGUUUUAAUUAUUAAUAUUAUUACUGUUAUCAACCCAUGCCACUCAUAAUUUUUCUCAUAUCAGUUAGCAAAUUUACACAGUACUCCCUAAAUGUUUGCAAAGGCCGCCAUGAACUACCCCUUUUUCAAAAUUUUAUUGAAGCUCUAAUUUUUUUUCGAAGUGAGGAUGUAUAGAAUAACUUUGUGAUUGGAUUUUAAUUUCAACUUUAAUCACGUCCCCUGUCUGUAAAGAAACUAUUGGGUUUAAUUGCGUUUUUUAGUUGUACUAGCCUUGAAUGUGAAACUCAAUUUUUCCUUUUUAUUGGAUUGGUCUUUGAGAUUGAUUAUGAUUCAUUAAUCGGAUGUAUCUGUGCCUUAAUCCAGGAUUUGUAAAAUUCUUUUGAUUGAGGUGGAUUUCUCCAAGAGUGGCCGCGCCAUUUGUAGUUGGAAAUCCUGAUUGGCUGCUCCAAUGGAGGAUACGCAAGAAAUUAAGGAGCAGGCUCAUGAAGAAGUGAUUUCAGACAAAACAUCUGAGAUGAAGCCGGAGACUCGUGAUGAAAUUCUUUCCCGCCAUAGGAAAGAGAUAUCGCAGCUGCAGAAAAAGGAAGUUGAGAUGAAAAAGGCUGCAGCUAGAGGUAGCAAGGCUGAGCAGAAAGCUAAGAAGAAGCAAGUGGAGGAAGAGGUUUCUCAACUUUCUACGAAGCUGAAGGAGAAGCAUGCCCAGGAAUUGGCUACAUUAGGCUAUAGUAGCAGCGGUAAUGGGAAUGAAAAGAGCAAUUUGGACACUUUGGUUAAGGCCAUUGCUGGAGUAUCUGUUGCUAGUCAACCUGAACAUUCAAAGGUCAGCAAGGCCAAACAGAGGCGAGACAAAAGAGCUCAACAAGAAGCAGAAAGGGAACAGAGAAUCCAAGCAGAGCAGACUGACAUUGUAAGUGAUCGAAUGAUUGAAAACGAGAAGUUGGAAAGGAAGUUGAAGCCUCUAGGUUUGACUGUUUGUGAAAUAAAGCCUGAUGGGCACUGCCUCUAUAGAGCUGUUGAAGAUCAGCUGGCUGUCCUCUCUGGUGGUAGAUCUCCUUAUACAUACCAAGAACUUCGGGAAAUGGUGGCUGCUUACAUGAGAAAGCAUACAUCUGAUUUCCUUCCAUUUUUCCUGUCAGAGAAUUUAAUUGAGGAUGAUUCUGAUGAAUCACUUGCUCAGAAGUUUGAAAAUUACUGUAAAGAAGUGGAGUCCACAGCUAUAUGGGGAGGGCAACUAGAGCUUGGUGCCUUGACUCACUGCUUGAAGAAGCAUAUUAUGAUAUUUUCAGGAUCCUUCCCAGAUGUGGAGAUGGGCAAAGAGUAUAAAUCUGAUGGUGGCACUGGCUUGUCUAAUUCGAGUAUCAUGCUUUCUUAUCAUAAGCAUGCUUUUGGGCUAGGAGAGCAUUAUAAUUCCGUGGUCCCAACAUGAUCAAAUGGGGGCAUAUAAUAUAAUCAUAGGGAUGCUUGCUUAUCAUGUUGCCUUGUAUCAUUUUUCUUUACAGCCAGGCAUUUGGCUUUAGGUCUCUUGAAACCCUAGUUUUUGGUUUUGAAAUGGCUAUAACUGUACAUUUCACAACUGUAAUUCAUAUUUUCUGGAUGAUUAUUUAUGUUGAUGAUCAUGUAAAUGAUCUUCUGCGGCAUCUACUUAA